UUAGCGUUUGACAGCCAAUUGCACCUUCGCAUCCAUCCACGUCGAUUAACUGACACAGCUGGACAACGACCUAAAAUAUCUCCAAACAGGCCAAAUUCCACGCAAGGGUUUAUCCGAAUCUUGGAGGGUUUAAGGGUUCACAGUAGUCGUGUUCCACAAAGUCUUAUACGAUGCUAUAUAAACAACAGGGGCAUCCUUAGGGUUUUUAUAAGCUUUCGAGGGUUUUGUUCUUUAAGGUUUUGGGAAAAAUUCGAAAGAAAAAACAACUGAAAAAUGUCUAAGUCCAGCCCAAAAUCCCCUCUGGAUGCAGCAACUCUCAGCGAUUUAAUGGAGAAACUGCAAAUGCGGCCGCCAUAUUUGGACACGGAUGCCCUCAUAGCCAAUGCCUGCGACAAAGUCAUCGAAGACGAUGGCAAGCCCAAGUUGGCUAAGGAGGCCGCCAAGCUUGAACAGAAGGUUAUACGCAUAAUUCUGAGCGGCAAGGGCGACACUUUGAAGCCUAAUUCCGGCCAAUCCGUCGAGGUCGGUGAAAACCAUAUCUGCGUCGGCUGCACCGAUCGCCCGGAAUCCAAUUACCGCGUGUGGCAGUGGCACGGGCAUAUUAUGCUCUAUGACGAAGAGAAGGGUUUUAGGCUCGAGUAUGUUUACGGCAAUUAUUUUCAGCGACUUUCGGAGGAGAAGCCACCGAAGCGGCCGGAAAGUUCUGUGCUGCAGGAGCUUAUCGAGAAGGCUGAUGCUGUUAAUGCCCGGAUUUUGUGCAGAAAUAUUAAUCUGGCGUCCAAGCGGUGAGGUAAAUGUGCCCGCCGCGUACGUUUUUCUCGGGACGGUUUAUAUUCCUCGUUAUUGUCUAAUAAUGUUUAUAUAUAUGUGUGUUUCGAUGUUAAAUCUUUCGUUGUGUUGGAGAUGCUUUAGUGAUAUGCAAAAUCUGUGGUGGAAAUAGACUUUACAAAUUUGUAGAGCGAACGUAUUUCUAAAUAUGAUCGUUUUUGGUUUGAUUUAA